AUGGGCGCUGAACAAGAAAUUGAUGAUGAAUUGCACGAACGAGCUACCACAUUCUUUGCGGCCGUCAAGUGGGAUGUGCUCACUUUGCUCGCUUCGAGCCUUCGCAAUGGUAUCUCCUGCGAGUUUAGGGAGGAAUUCCCAAUGAGUCACCUCAACACGGUCCGACGCAUCACCUUUGCGGACGGGACCAGUUGGAUCGCAAGGCUCAGACUACCAGAGCUGAACGCGGUCGAUAGCCGCGAUGCGCUUGACAACGCCUGCGCUCUGAAGGUAGAAAUUGCGAGCAUGAAGCUCUUGAAGUCUAAGACAUCAAUUCCUGUGCCAGAGAUUUACAGCUACAGCGUCGAUCCGACCAACAACGUCGGGGCACCGCACGUUCUGAUGGAUUACAUUGAUGAUACCGUAGCGACCGAGUUAUGGAUGGCGAGAGAUGGCUACUCAGACUUGUUUGGCACACCUGAACAAGACUGGAGGUUCAGGCAGCAAACGGCCGAAGUUCAGGUUACGCUAUCCUCGUUCAAGUUCGACCAGAUUGGAAGCCUGUAUCAGAACGAGGAGACUCCGGAAUUCUUCAUCGGCCCAGACCUCAAGACUGAGAAAGGCCCCUGGGCGUCGUCAAUGGAUUGCUACACCGACCUUGCGUUUCACGCACUUGAAGUGUGCGUGGCUGAUGCACCAGCCGAUGAGAGACGUGAAUGA